GCUGGCCGACCUCCUAGGAGUAGCACCUGCGCAUGCGUGAGCCGUAAAUGAUUAUGGCCGCCGUUGGCCGCGGUCUUCAUGGAUGUUCGCGCUGUUGCGUAGAGCUGGGCUGGUGCUGCCCUCGCCUCUCCUCGGCUUCUGGGGGGCUCUCGCGCGCUGAAGGGCCGGAAAAACGGGGCGGGACGGCGGGCCCCGAAAGCCGGACUUCAGGUUUUCGUCCUCCUUCACAUUCUUGCCAUGAUUGGAUUGGUCCUCCUGAUCGAUAUUCAAACCUCCGACCAGUAAUAUUUCAUAUUCCUAAAUAUGAAUCCUUGUUGGAACGAAGACUUAGAGAGCUUAGACAAGAAACUCAAGUUUGGAAUCAACAAUUCUGGGCAAAUCAGAAUAUUUCUUUUAGAAAGGAAAAAGAAGAAUUUGUUUGCUCCAGGUUGAAAGCCAAAGGUCUAGAACUGAGAGAUGAGCGAGGCCAGAAAGUAACACUGAAUGCAGAAGAAAUGGCUGAAUUUUACAAAGUUUUCUUAAGUAAAAACUUCAAAAAGCAUCUGUACUAUAACAGGGAUUGGUACAAACGAAAUUUUACCAUCACAUUCCUCAUGGGACAAGUGGCAUUUGAGAAUGCUUGGAAGAGACUCAGAUUGAAAAAGACAAAAGCUAGAAACUAACAGAUUGCAACAAAAACUUUAUUUCAUAGAAGGCCUUGCUAUUACCAGAACCUAAAUGGCACCCUUUACUGUUCCUUGGACCAUUAUAUUUGAAGCAUCAAGAAUGAAAUGGGCCUUUCAGUACAUAGUCACCACUACUAUCUACAGCACCUUAUGUUAUCUACUUGGUUGAAAGCUAAUAUGGCAGUAUGAGAACUCUGUCUAAUAAUGGCAUCUUUAUCUCUGAUCUGAAAAAUCAGUCUGUAUUCUUCAGUGUAGUAGUUGCCAUCUUGAUCUGCAAGCUGGUAUGUAGUAAAAAAAGGAGGGCGCACACAAGUUACAUUAUGGUUUCUUUUGAAAAGAGAAAUUUCAGAUGUACAUAGUGUUAUUAUAACCAAAGAUAAGUGGUGUAGAUAAUGAAAACAUUAAUGCAAACCCCCCAGUUUUUAACUAUUAGUGUAAUUCUUUCAAGUAUCACAACAGAAUACAAAACUAGACAUUUAGAACCAGUUCAUAAUAAGCUGCAAUUGUACAGCCUUCUUAGCACCAAUCAAGUAAAUUAUCUUUUUGGCAACUCUUAUUAGGAGACUUUAGUGUGCUGUUUGAUUUAAUUUUAAUUAUUUUCUUAUAUUCCAACUAUCAGUCAUCUUGCCACCAAGAUAGUGAAAGAAGUGAUUGUAAAUAUGUCCAGGGCUGUAGCAGAGCUUGUAAACAUGGGUUCAUAUUUCUAAUUACUUUUAGAUAUCAGUAGGUGCUUUAAAAAAAAAUUCCUAGAAAGCUAAAGCUUCAAUGGUCUUAUUUUACUUCAGAGGGACUGCAGGGGCUGAGUUACUGGUCUGUCACCCUGUUUAACAACAAUCUAAACGGCCAGACAUUGUGCAUCAAGCCAGAAUCUUACGUCUCAAACCAGUUAGACUGCCUAGAUGAAGUGGCCAUGUUCUUGUGUUAAACAGCAUUCAGAUAGCAAAUAUCACCCAAUCUAGUACAUGGAAGGACUGCAGUGAGCAGCAUCCAGCCCUGAUAUCUUUUUAGUCAGAUAUGUCUCUGUUGUUGAUUUUUAGGGAAACCUGCAUCAUGCUCUUCCCUCGCAUUAAGCUCAUCAAUUGUCAAUCAGUUUUUGCAUUCUCAGGCCCAUCCAAAGUCAUUGAAGGGCACAAACUCUGCUUAUGUUUUUGGUAUUUGUAGGGGCAGAAUUCAUAUAUAUAUUACACUGACGUAGCCUUGAAUUCUAAAGGAUGUUGUUAUCUAUCGGCGAAGUAGCAAAUUCUAGCCCCUAGUAGAAAGCCAUGUUAACAAAUUUGCCAAUCUUCUGGGAUUUUGUGAGGAAGGGCGUAAACUAGUUUUGUCUUCUAAUUUUCAUUAAGAAUUACUGAAGAUAUGCAAGACAAUCUGACCUUAAAAAGAAAAAGAACAGUUCCAGUUUUCUCUCCUGAUCAGAUUCUUAUACUGUAAUUCUUACACUGUUGUAAGAAUCAGUGCUGUGGUUUUUACACUGACUUAAUAGCCCUGUUUUAGAACACUCAUGUAGUAGUAUGUACGCUUUUAAGUCAAAAAGUAAAAGCAUGCUGGUGCAUUAUAUUUCAGGAGGAGCAAACAUGUAAACCUGUAUACCCAAGUUAAUUACCCUGAUUAACCUGGAUUAUAGGUUUUGUUUUUUCAUUAGUGAAGGAAACCAAUGAUAAAAUGUCUAACUAAAUUAUAGCAAAACAUUCUAUAAACACUAGCAUUUUUGGGCUGAUGCUGGUUAUCAGAUGCAUUUGGUAGACUUGCAGCCAUUCAGCUUACAUAAUACAGUAACUUUGAAUUAUUCAUGACUGAGCUAGAAUUGAAACACUAUCCCCUUAGUUUGGGGGGAUAAUUAGCGGUAGCCCACACCUGCUUUUCCUCCACCACUUAGCUAUUUAUUUAUUAUAUAUAGUAAGAGGUCUGCAGAACGGCAUACCUCCAGGAAGAUGGUGAUUUUAUACCAAGAUGAAAUAAGAUGAUACAAAAUGCUUGAAAACUUGAAAUUAUUACAUUGAUUUGUCAUUAAUUGUUUAUAAGGAAUAUUGUAUAUUUUAAUGGAAGUCUCAGUUAUCAGAUUUACCGAAUUGCAGCCACAUUGGAAUUUGCAAGAAUGUAAGGUGAAUUUGGAAUUAAUCGUAUUAUUGUUAAUAAAUUUUUUCAUUCAAACAGUU